AUGUCCGGGUUCUCUCUUGAGAUGGCCGGCGCGGCGACGACCUCCUCCGGCCGCCUGGCCGCAGUCACCCAGCGCGUGGCCAGCGGCGCCGCUGUCGCCCACCGAAGGCGCCAAACACGGAGGGCGUGCUCCGCGACAGGGAACGCCUCCGCGCCGCCGCCGCCGAUCGCCGUCACCAACCGCGCGCUGCUCCACCUGAAGAAGCUCAAGAGCGACCGCCAGGACGACUCGCUGCUGCUGCGCAUCGGCGUGCGCUCGGGCGGCUGCUCCGGCAUGAGCUACCACAUGGACUUCGAGAAGGACGACAACGUGGAGGAGGACGACGCGGUGAUCGAGGUGCAGGGGGGCGACCUGAGGAUGGUGUGCGACCCCAAGUCGCUGCUGUAUUUGUUCGGCAUGAGCCUGGACUACAGCGACGCGCUCAUCGGGGGCGGGUUCCAGUUUCAGAACCCUAACGCAACGGACACCUGCGGGUGCGGAAAAUCGUUUGGGGUGUGA